AUGGCUACAUCUCUCGAACAACUAAAACAACAUACAAUAGUGGUUGCAGAUACUGGAGAUUUUAAAGGUAUUGUCCUUUGCUUUAUUUUACUAAAAAAAAACCCGUCAAAAGUAUGACAUUUUUGACAUAAAUUCAUUUGCAGCUAUUGAUCAAUUUAAACCCACUGAUGCCACAACGAACCCAAGUUUGCUCUUAGCGGCUUCAAAAAUGCCGGAGUAUAAACACAUUUUGGACGCAGCUAUAAAACACGGGAAGAAUAGCUCUCAGUAAGUUGAAAUAUUGUACAUUUUUACUUAAAAAUUGUUGCAGAUUUGUGCAAAUGUGGGGUGUCAAUUUAUGGAUACAUAAUGUAAUAUAUGAGCAGUUUACUACGCCAAUUUUAAAUUGCAAUAUUUUUGUUUAUAUUCAAUUUAUAGCUUUAUUUAUAAGGUUUUCUACAGAAAUGAGAAAUACAAACAAUUUAUAUGAUAUUGAUUUGAAAAUGCAAUUUGUAGACAAAACUGUACAGAUUUAGUCAAGUUCAUUUGAAUAUUACAUAAUUUCCUACCCUGCCAGCAGACUAUUGAAUAAGGCAGAGGGUCUGCCAAAAUUGUGCUGUUUCUUGCACAGCCUCGCUAUUUCUGCAAAGCUUUCUUACACAGUAAUGAGUAAAGUGUAUUCUGAUGAUAGUCAAAUUAACACCCACACUUAGCCCACAGCCAGUAAAAUUGUCUUGUGUUAUAACAUGGAUAAUAAAAUAAAUGGAUAUGAAACUAGCUGACGUGACCUAAUGUUUUUACUGGGAUUGAUGGCGUGGUUGGAUGCCUCAACCUAGUUGAAAAUCAAAUUCUCAAAAACGGCAUGUUUAGCAAUAAUACAGCUAAAAAUUUUAGUCAAAGAGCAAAUAAAUGUAACCACGCCAUUCUACGAUGAAAACUCUAAGUAUUCCCGGUCGGUUUUAGCAAAUAUUUCAAGCACUAAACAGUGAAAAAUACAUCGCAAAUUUCGUUAAAAUUUGUGACGCCAAUUUCGUAGCUACAAAUGUAAAAAAAUACAAAACAAAGACGAAAAACAUUUACCUUGAAUACUUUGUCGUGGCUUAGGCAUGUUUGUAAAACAAUUAGACCAGUUUACGCUUCAAGAUCACCCUUUUAAAGUGAAAAAUAUAGCAAAACAACAAAUAUGCCGAGAACUUUGGUAACAUUCGCAAUACGCGUGACGUCACGUUUUUCAACAAGGAUGCAGUCAAUGACGUCAGAAGUUUCCAAUCCAUUUAUUUUAUUAUCCAUGGUUAUAACAAAGUAUGUAAUUUGAUGUGUAAGUUUGUUCUGUGUAUAGGGACAAAAAUGAACAAGUUGAGGCAACUAUGGAUAUGUUGGUAUGUGUUGAAAUGUCCACUUAAUACACAGACAUGAAACUUAAACAUACUGACGUUGUCAAUGUCUUGAUGAUUAUCAAAAUAUUUAAAUGCUGUUGUUCUUAUAGUAUGUAUUGUUUGGCAAAGAGAUUCUCAAAAUUGUCCCUGGACGAGUUUCAACUGAGGUUGAUGCCAGGUAGAUAUACCGUAUACCUAUGAAAUUUAAUACAGCAACAUAUGUCUGCUUUAUUGAUAUUUAAAUACAAUAUACAAAGCAACAUUUUAUUGUAUUUUAUUAUUUCAUAUUUUCAGACUAUCAUUUGACAAGGAAGGACAAAUAGAGAAGGCUCGACGUUUGAUUGCAAUGUACGAGAAAGAUGACAUUGGUCGAGAAAGAAUACUCAUAAAACUUAGUUCAACAUGGGAGGGAAUAAAAGCUGCUGA